AUGUACGUUGUUUUUUGGUCGUGGCUGUUGUACAGCUGCAUCAAGGACUCUGAACGGGGUUCCUUUCUUCGUCGAGACUUGGUGCAGUGCCGUGAUCUGAAGGGCUGUGUGAAGAUCACGAAAGUUUGUGACGGCAAGAGAGACUGUUCGGACGGCUCGGACGAGAUCAGAUGUGACGAAUUCUGCUCCCUGCACGGUUCUUUCGGUGACACUGCCUUCUGGAAGUGCCGUGAUUCCCCUGGGUGCGUCAAAGGAGAGUUUCUGUGUGACGGUAUUCCCGACUGUGACGACGGCUCGGACGAAGACAACUGUGAUGACCUGUGUGAGUCCAUUGGGUACUGGUCCUGUAGAACCUCCCUUCCUCCUUUCCCCAAGUGUAUCAGUGGGCAGCAGAGAUGUGACGGCUUGGCGGACUGCAGGGACUACUCGGACGAGAUGGGCUGUGGGUACUGUGGGUAUUAUUGGAUACCUCUCUUUGAUAUCGCUCCGUUCACCUCCCGACAAGCUAUUGACAAAAUAGCUGUGGAGCAUGUUGGAUGCAUUGACGUAGAUGAUGUCUGUGACGGAGGAAUAAACUUCUUUCAUCAUGCUGGCAUUCACGACGAAACUGACUGUACCCAAGGACUGCCUCAUCCGUGCUUCCGCCCUUUCGGGUGGAAAUGCCCCGGAGAGAACACCUGUCUGCUCGAGGAAAAUGUUUGUGAUACCGUGUUUGAAUGCUUCAAUGAAGAGGAUGAAAAAAAUUGUGAUGCGCACUGCGAGUCGAUCGGCGGAUGGCGGUGUCAGUGCGAACAGCUGACACAGUGCUACGUACCCGAGGACAUUUGCGAUGGUGUGCACAGGUGCCAAAUGUACACCACAAGAACUCACGACGUCACGGAGCAAUACACAUGUAUUGAUGACGAAAUAAACUGCGAACAGCGGUGCGAGACUGCCGGCGGCCUGUACUGCCCACUUUCCGGGGAGUGUGUGGAACUGGACCGUGUUUGCGACGGGGUUGCAGACUGUACAUCCUGGAUUUUCUCAACAUACACGCCCCCACAUGACGAGAUAGGCUGUGGUAGCUGCACUGUGGUGUGGGAAACCAUGGGGGUGUAUGUUGAAGACGCAUUAGUGGACUAUAACUACCCGUACGCCAGGGAAGUAGGUAUCCGUAACUAUACCUGCAGCACAGGGGAGUGUACCACCAGUUUCUUCUUCUGCGAUGAUCUAAAUGCAGUGGGAUGUAGUAACUGGGAGGACGAGCAAGGCUGUGUGUCAACCACAUGCAUGGACACGAUGCAAGAAUACGGCACAUACAAGCAGAUCAGCAUCGCACAAUACUGUGAUGGCAAAGAAGACUGCAGGACAGGCGCAGACGAGAGACCAAGGAAAUGUGGUAAAAAAUCUCUGUUUUACACAAAGUGCCUGCCUAUUUGUUAG